AAUGAGACUGUACGCGACUUAGUAAUUUCCCGGUUAAUCGACAUGUGGAAUGGAAUGUCUUAAGUGUUGUAUGCCAGAAACAAAACUCUCCACAUAUUUAGUUCGGCCCGAAUCUCGAACAGGGAAUCUUAUACCGCGAAUUAAUAGUUUACUUUUUGACAUAAUUAGGUGCGGCUGUGACGCGAGUUAAAUAAAAACAGAUUUUCGUAGAAAAAUAUAAAUGAAUACAGUUAGCGUUUGUGGUUUUGUGAAUUAGUUAGUGCAUUUAUGGUUAUUACAGACGGUGUUUAAAUAGUUCAAUACUCUUGAUAAUAUUUCUUUACAUCAAAUCGUUUGUCAGGGAAAAUCAAUACAGAUGACAAACAAUUCCCACAAACAAGAGUAGUAACAAUCUUUUAGCAAGAUUUUAUUCUUUUAUUAAUUUAAUACUUAUAAAUACAGUAUAAUAUGUGCUAUUUAAACGUAGAAUUGAAGAAGAAUUUUAUUAAUCAAGAAUGUGAGUGAAUAUAAGUUCGUCGAAAAUGCACCCUUGCCGGAUUAAAAGAAGAAAUCUCAAUUUCUAACCACCACGAAAAACUGUGAAUGUGUGCCGUCGACGACAACCGGAUGGGAAUAUAGCAGAGAGAACCUUAUCGAAAGAAUGUCAGAAGCAAGUGCGCUGUUUUUGCUCGGCGUAAUUCUGUUAUCGGUUUUUAUCGGAGCUCAAGAGGAACAGGCAGAAGAAAUCCUACCGUCGCAGGAUGGAUAUUACCUUGAUACGCUUAAUGAAGUCGCUCAGGCGGCGGGAACGGAUACCUUAGAGUGCCCCUCCAGCAAUGUAAUAACCACACGCUACAAAUGCAACGUUGGUGGAAAAUGGAUCGACUGCACUCGGAGACACUGUUGCAAGGACUACACGUUCAUCGGUGGAAGAUGUAUAUCGAAAAAGGAAGAUCCUUGUAAAAUGGGGUUGUGCGAACAAAAUUGUGCCAUAUACUUGCAACGCGUUAUAUGUACCUGUUUUGAAGGGUACAAAUUCAAUGCAGAAAAUCAAAAGAAAGGCAUCAAGCCAGUAUGUGUAGACGUGAACGAAUGCCUGGACCGUAACGGCGACUGCGAACACAGGUGUGUGAACGAAAUAGGCGGUUAUCGCUGUGCCUGCGAGGACGGCUCGGUGCUGCGGGCGGACAACAGGACCUGCGAGCGACGGACGCCGGAGAGGCGAAUAACUCAAGGAAGCGGAGAUAAGGGUGGCGGCAGGAUGGAGGAAACGCCGCUCGGCAGGACGAUGGCAGGACAUUCGAAUCGCUGCUACGCCAACUGCGACACGGUAGUUAGAUUGCACGAGAAGUUGCAGGACCUGCAGAAUAAGGUUAAGGCAAUGAGUAUGGCCAUAGAAUUAUCGAGUUAUGCAUCUGGUCCACCAGGACCCGUAGGCCCUCCAGGACCUCCAGGUCCCACAGGACCCAGAGGAUUUCCAGGACCCGAACAGCCCUCAAGCCUACCUCAGUUUUAUAAUGACUAUACCUAUACGAUUCAAGACACAUUUGUACCACUCAAGAACAAGGAUAAUGCACAAUGUGUUUGUAAAAGAGGUGCUCAAGGUGACACAGGUCCAACAGGUCCCCAAGGGCCUAAAGGAGAACAAGGAGAAAGAGGUUUGAGAGGGCCUAAAGGAGACAGGGGAUCCUUUGACUUCUUGUUGCUAAUGUUAGCAGACAUGAGACACGACAUAGUACACCUGCAAAAUAGGGUUUUUCAAGGAGAAAAACCACCCAAGUUUGACUUUGAAAGUGCAUUAUCCAAAAAGAAACUGAAACACAAACAUCUGAUUCUACAAAAACACAAGACUUUGGAAGGUUUUGUUAGUCCUCCAGCUACAGUUAAAGCAACAUUUGUGGGAGCUGACUCGUCAAACUCACAUCCUAAAAGAAAGAAUCUUGGUAAUAAAGGCAAAACAUAUCAUCCACCGCAUGUAGAUAAAAUCGCGGAAACGACAACGUAUAAACCUAUAACUUUAGCAAUACAUGACGACGAUAUAGAAGAAUUUAAAGAUAUCGACAUAUCAAAAAUUGCCGAUGAAUUUGACAAUUACGACGACUUUUCUGGUGAAUCUCCAAUGGCUUAUGAGGAUUACUUUUAACACAUAUUUCUAUACUUACUACAAAACUUGUUAAGAAAAAAAUUGUCUUUCCUAGAUUGUAGAAGAAAUUCCAAAUUAGGUAAAGUGUACUGCUUAUGUUUAUCAUUAUAUUUUAUUGAGUCUGUAAAAUAUAUUAAUUUAUUCACAUACAUUCAUUAAAAUAAUUACCUAAAACAAUUUUAUUAGUAUUACCCUUAAUAUUCGUGAUAGAAUAUUAAUUUAAACAUGUAGGCAUAUCUUGUUUGAAAAUUUGAUAUAAUGAUACAUUGAUAGCAUUGAUUAAUUGUAUUGGUGAUUGGUUAGGUAUUAUCAUAGGAUCAUAGGUUAUAAAAAGAACAUCAAUUAUUAUAACAAACCUAGAUCAUAUAUACUUAUAUGAUCUAAGAUAACAAAGCAAACUUAAAUUGAAUACAAUCAACAUAAAAAAGGUUAUUACUAUGAAGUUAUGUUUUUAUAUCUCUUUAUUAUUUCACUGUGUUAUUAGUUCUAGGCAUACACAUUUAUUUUAGUUUCUUAAUAAUUUUAUAAAUGCAACUUUUAAUUAAUUGUAAUGUUGUGGGUAGUAUAUGCUUAGAAUAGUAAACUAGCACUAGCAGUAGGCAUAUUAAUAUGUAUAGCAAAUGAAAAAAGUAUCUACCUAUAUAAAAAAUAAUACAAAUUAAACUGUGACAAUAAUUUUAUUGUUAAUAAUAAUUAUUAAUAAUGUAUAAAUUAUAUUAUG